ACGCGGGAGGUGUGAUGGCGGUGUUGUGAGCUGGAGCUCGGGGACAAGUAAACACAGGGACGGAUAGUCAAUGCGUGGAGUGUCUGUCUAUAGGUUAAUAACCCUGUAGAGUGGAAAAGGCAGCAAGUUCUUCAGAUAGCGAUCAGUGUUGCUUUUAUGUGAGCUGAGAUGGAUCUGAAGAUUUUGGAUCUGGCAGCAUCUGAGGAUCUGCAAGGAUUGCAGCAAUUCCUGCAGCGCAUGAAAGAGCAGGAGGUUGGUGCCCUGAUAACACGUCAUGCUUUGAAAGGGAAGGAGAUUGGGAUGCUAGUGAGAGCUAUUUUUAAAGGUUCCCCAUGUUUUCAGAAUGAAGGAGUUUGUCGGAGGCUUUUCGUUUACAAACAUUGCAUGCAGCUUGUUGAAUCGGGAGAUCUACAAUCAGAUAUAGCAACAGAUAUAAUUGGUUUGCUGAUGCUAGAGGCUCAUCAACUGCCUGGAGCCACUUUAGCUGAACUGGCAAGCCUGUAUGUGGAUGCCAUCAAAGGGGGCAGCAUUCUCAAUGGAAAAUCGCUGGACCUUUUCCCUACAAUACUUACUGUUCUGGCCUCUCAAGAAAGCUUAAGUUAUGGUGGUGGUCAAUUGAAUGGCGAGGAAUACAAGAAACAAUUAAUCAACACUCUAUGCUCCAGCAGAUGGGAUCCAAAAUGUGUGAUUCACCUCACAUCAAUGUUUAGGGAUGUACCAGUCAGUACAGAGGAACUUCAGUUUGUUAUGGUGAAAGUGCUGCGAAUGUUCCCCAAGUUGGACUUGCAGGAACUGCCUCCACUUGUCUACCAGUUACUCCUCCUCUCCUCUAAGGGUUGUAAGAAAACUCUUUUAGAAGGGAUCAUAACAUUCUUCCAUCAACAGGAUCAGCUGCAAAAAGAGGAACAAACUGGAACUGAGUCCACUGAGUUGGAGGCUGUCACUGUGCCACAGGACCAACUUCGUCAUAUAGAAGGAACAAUCAUUCUUCACAUUGUGUUUGCGAUCAAGUUGGACCAUGAUUUGGGCCGUGAACUGAUCAGAUAUCUGAAGGCUGGUCAGCAAGGAGAUACCAGCCGGAUUCUCUGCUCUUUUAACAUUGCACUGAUGCUCUCUGUAGCUAGGAUACAUCGAUUUGAGGAGCAGGUGUUUGACUUUCUAAAAACAUCGAUUAUAAAAAGUUUUAAAGAUGGGCAAUUUCAGCAAAAUUCUAAAUUCCUCCAGGAUUUGAUCCCUGGUCAAUGUAAUGUGCCUGAAAUGAUUUUGGAGACAGUGACAAACAGUGUUUUUGGCUGGGACCAUGUUACCCAAUCUCUGGUACAGCUGGGAUUUAUAUUCAUGGAUUCCUUUGGACCAAAGGCAGGUUCAUUUGGGAAAGUUUCUGAGACUAACCCAAGUGCAGCAAAAACUCCAGCACAACAGACUUGCAGAUUGGGAGCCAAGAUCCUUCUUGAAACGUUCAAAAUGCAUGAGCCAAUUAGAAGUGAAAUCCUGGAGCAAGUUCUGAAUAGAGUGGUGACAAAAACCAUGUCACCCAUCAAUCACUACAUAGACUUGCUAUCUGAUAUUGUCACUUCUGCACCUCUGAUUCUCCUGGAUUCUUCCUCCAAGGUUAUAGAGGCAUUUGACCACUUGUCAUAUUUGCCCCUUAGUACAGUCCAGGGGCUACUAAAGGCAGUGCAGCCCCUGCUGAAGGUCAGUAUGUCCAUGAAGGAUUCGUUAAUUCUGGUCCUGCGGAAAGCCAUGUUUUCCAGCCACUUGGAUUCCCGGAAAUCAGCAGUUGCUGGCUUUUUGCUAUUGUUGAAGAACUUUAAAGUGUUGGGGAGUCUGGCUUCCAGUCAGUGCACUCAAUCUCUCACGGCUAGUCAGGUGCAAGUGGAUGUACAUAUGCGUUACAAUGCCUCUGCUAAUGAAGCCCUUUGUUUGGAGAUCUUAGGCAGCCUGAGGCGCUGUCUUAGCCAGCAAGUUGAUGUUCGACUCAUGCUCUAUGAGGGUUUAUUUGAUGUUCUACGUCGAAAUUCGCAACUGGCAAAUACCAUUUUACAAACGCUGCUCUCACAGCUGAAGCGAUAUUAUGAAGUGGAGGAGGACCUGCUGCCACCCAUCAAGCUAGAAGGUUGCAUCACCACUCAGGGAGGCCAGAUCUACCUCCAGGAACCACUGGCACAUCUUCUGUGUUGUAUCCAGAACUGCUUGGCCUGGUGUAAACAGUCCUUAUUGCAUUGUCCUCGUAGUGAUGAAGAUGAUGAUGAUGAUGAGGAAGGUAGUUUUCAGCAUGAUUUGGAGGAACAACUGGACUGCAUCACUCGAAGAAUGAUUAAGAGUGAAUUGGAAGACUUUGAACUGGACAAAUCAGCAGAUUUUUCAUUAGCGUCCAACGUUGGCAUUAAAAAUAACAUUUAUGCCGUCCUGGUAAUGGGAGUGUAUGAGGUUCUGAUGGAGCAUAAUUUCAUAACCAGCAACUACAGUAUGAACCGAUUUGAAGAUGUUAUAAGUCUUUUCAACCGUUACCACAAGCUUUCGGAUCUUUUGAAAGAGAAAUCUGGAAAAGGCAAAACACCCUCAUCCAGUAAAACGGCCAGGAGUCUUCUAACCUUCAGUUUUGUCUCCUGCUUACUGACUGCACUUUUCAGAGAUAAUGCACAGAGCCAUGAAGAGAGCUUGUCUGUGCUGCGCUCCAGUAAUGAGUUUAUGCGUUACGCAGUUAGUGUGGCCUUGCAGAAAAUACAGCAACUCGAGGAGACGGGACAGGCAGAUGGACCAGACGGUCAAAAUGCUGAGAAAACAUUCAAAUAUCUAUGUGAGAUCACUCGAGUUCUGCUGUGGAGAUACACUUCGAUCCCAUCAGUAGUAGAAGAAUCUGGGAAGAAAGAAAAAGGAAGGACUAUUUCGUUACUCUGUUUGGAGGGAUUACUGCGCAUAUUUAACACAGUGCAACACAGGUACCAGAACAAGAUCCAGCAGUUCCUCAGUGCAAUAGAUGUGGUGAGUGAUGGGGAAGGAGAACAAGAGGACAUCAACAUUACAGAGAAAGCAGCUUUCCAUAUCAGGCAGUUCCAGAGAUCCCUUGUGACACAACUGAGUGGGGAUGAAGAGGAUUUUAACAGCAAGGAAGCACAGCUUUUAGUGAGCAUACUGUCAACACUCUCUCGGCUAUUAGAACCUACAUCUGAACAAUUUGGUCAAAUGUUAACUUGGACAGUAAAGAUUUGCAAGGAAAGUAACCUAGAAGAUGUGCAUUUCUGCAAAGGAUUGAUGAGUAUGAUGUUCAGUCUGCAUGUGCAGCACAAGAGUCCAGUGAGCUUGCUACAAGAGAUGUCUCGAGAUAUCCACAGUCGCCUUGGGGAUAUUGAUCAGGACAUUGAAAUAGAGGAACAAUCCCAUUUUGCCAUGGUGAACUCAAAGACUGCAGCUCCAACUGUGGUACAGCUGGUUUUAUGCCAAGCAGAGAAGGUUCUGGAUGAAGUAGACUGGCUGAUCACAAAGCUGAAGGGCCAGCUGAGCUCCGACAAAGAAUUGACAGAUGAGAAUUCUCAAGUAUCAACUGCAAGAGAACCUGUAGAGAAAGCUAUUGUCCUUCAACUAGGCACCCUCCUGACAGCUUUCCAUGAGCUGAUCCAAACAUCCAUUCCAGCUGGGAGCUGUGUGGACAUUCUCCUGAAAGAGCUAGCCAAAAUGUACAGCAUUCUCACCUCAUUGGUGAAAUAUUAUAUCCAGGGUUACACAGGACAUGUGGCACAUCUUCCUGCAAGAUUUGAGAAAAUGGUUAAGCUUUCAGGAUCACACCUGACCCCACAGUGCUAUGCUUUCAUAACCUAUGUUCAGCAUAUCCAGAGUGAGACAAUGAGCUUUGGAGGAGGUGCAGAAAAGAAAAAAGACAAGAAGAAAGAGAUGGCAGCCAUCACUGCAGCAACGGCUCGAGUGCUCCGUGAAACUAAGCCAAUACCCAACCUGAUAUUUGCCAUUGAGCAAUAUGAGAAAUUUCUGAUUCAUCUUACCAAGAAAUCAAAGGUGAACUUGAUGCAGUAUAUGAAGCUCAGCACAUCAAGGGAUUUUCGGAUUAAUGCAGCCACAUUGGACGCAGCACUCCAGGAACAGGAAGCGGAGGAAAUCCAGGAUGAAGCAGAUGAUCAAUCAAAUAUCACUGUAGAUGAAAACCAGGAAAACAGAGAACCAAAGAAGAAGAGGAGAAAAAGAUGAAACUGUAACAUCAAGGGCAGAUGGCGUGUCCAAUAAGUGUGGACGUUAGGUUUGAAUUUCCACCCAUCUGAAUUAUUCAAAAUGCAGUCAUCCUUCUCCAGACUUUCAGUUCAUCUUUACCAUGCUUACUUGAAUCAUUUCCCAUCUUGACAUUCUUGUGAAGUUUCAUCAAUUUAUAUAAGUUGAUCAUCAGGGAAAAACACAUUCACAAGUAAGACCUGAUAAUUGGGUUAGCUGUCUUGUUGCUUCCCUGAAGGUGUCUUUGUGUAGCUUUCUUGUUUUAUGUUUGUUUUCUUUUGUGAAGAGACCCAUUUGUUUUUGCAAUGAUUUGAUAAAUAUCUAGUGCUUCUCCUGCAGAAAAAAUAUAAAUUUUUUAAAACUUCUAUAAAAUGAAAAAUGCACAAUUAUUAAAAUAAAACUUUAACUCA